AUGGCAAGGCUCUUUGAUGCCGUGAUCGAAGGCCCAGCGCGGAGGACCGUUCGGCUCCAGUGUACCGUUCGGGGCACUUUCCCAGGUACCAAGUUGAAAGCCUUGGAGGCGCCCCUUCAGAUUGAGAUCAAGGACAGUAUGUGUUGGACCCGGGAAACUUUCCACGGCGUCGCCGUCGACUACGCCGCCACGUCGGAUGCCGCGUGCAGGAAUCUAUGCCGCACGAUGAAAACCUGCUCACAUUAUCUCUUCACAGACGGCCAGUGCAAGCAGUAUCAGCGGCAGACCACAGGGGGCUCCACGGUGACAGCACAUGCGAAGAUCCCGGAGUGCACGGACAUGGGCACCUGCCUGCGCCUGAAGCACGCAAGGUGGGCCUUAAGUGGCGAGUAUUGCCCCAUCGGCUACGACGUUUCGCAGUCCAGCUACGUGUACCUGAAGAACAGCAGCGUCCCUGAAGAGGCGAUGUACCUCUCCCUUUCGAUGGGCUCCGACUGCGUCGGAGACUGGAUGGUGCAGUCCAGCUCCCUGAGAGAUCACAUCGAGCAGGACGUGGGCUACUUUGAUCUCCAGGGUGCCGUGGAAGCCUGUGUUCCCGACAGCUCAAUCAGCAUGGCCACACUGCCGUGCAAGCGUCCGUCCUUGCCGUCUGUGGCUGAGAUGGAGGGUGUCGAGUUGCAGCACUUUGUGUUUGACGACCCCGGAACGUUGCAACCUGAUGACCACUGGCUCCAUCCAUGCGAUUGCCUUGACCCGGACUGGGGUACGAGUGCCCCCGCCGAGCCCAUGACCUAUGAGGCAAUCCCCCCAGGUAGUAAUGGCAGUUUCGUGCCUCCCCCGGUGGCCAUCGUCUCAGGGCAAUUUGCCUGUCCUGCCCGACAGCUCCUUCCCGGAGGCGCCGGCAUAAAGUUUCUGACGGAGCCCGAGAGCCGGGAGCCUUCCGUGUGCCAGGAGCGUUGCCAGGGCCAUGACCAGUGCAACUUCUUCUUCAUGGGAACCUCACAUGGAGCUUCCGUCUGCCGACUCUUCCAUGCCUGCGACAGCCUAGUGAGGGAGUUCGGCAUGGAGGGGGAGCUCUUCGCAUUCCCCAGGACCCUGAGCUGUGCUGUCUCGAACCCCGAGUCCUGCUGGAAGACGACGCUGCGGCGGGAGUUCCUGAUCCAGCAGGUGGGCACGUCGCCUGCGUCCCAUCCAGCGCCGGAGAGCCUCGUCUUGGGGGGCACAGCAGACUGGUCAGGCAAUGCCACCGCGACCCUGAGCCGGAGUCUACGCUAUGCCUUGCCACUGGGCAACUCCACGGCUACUGUUGAAGCAGUGGGAUGGACCAGCACGUUCAAAGGCAUUGGCCUUGUCAGAGAUGUGCCAGGCUUCGCGUCUGUCACCAUCUCUGGCCUGAGCCACGACAAGGCGUAUCGCUGGAGCCUUCAGCAGAAAACCAACCAGCGGAAGGUGACAAAUUCCUUGUCUGUGAAUGGGGGCAUGUUCCAGCCCCUUGUGACGACGAACCCAGCUGAUGACUGGACUUCAUCGGGCGUGGCUGCGACGAACCCCCGCGGGGAGCUGCAAUUCGUGCUGGAAGCAAACCGCAGCGCCCGCUUCGAGACCGAGGAUGUGGAGCACACCGAAGAAAGAGGAGGACCGGAACCAGCUGCCCGCUGCCCCAGUGGAAGCUACCUGACAUCCUGCAACUGCUACGCCAGCGAUCGUGGACGCUGUACUGGUGCCGAGAUGCUCCAGGACGACCAAGGGUGGCUUUGCCAGGUGCGGGGCGACCUGCGGGAGAGUAACAGCAAGUUGACCGCCCGAGCUCGCUGCAUGACCCUCCAGUACGCGACGCGCGUCGAGGUCAAGACGAGCUCACAAGCGAGCUUCUCCUUCCUGAACUUCCCAGGCGCCCGCGCCGCAGAGCCCGCGGGGCCCUUUGUGGACCUUGUGGACACGGACUUCAUCGCCCGGCGCCGGCGCUCCAGGCGCCGGCGCCGCACCCUUCCCGCAGAGGUCUCGGCGACCUGCCCGGCGGGGGAGCGGCUGCUAGCUUGCAGCUGCGUUCCAGACGGCAUCUUGGACAAGGGUACCUAUCACUACUGCAUCGGGAUCCAUCAAGACGGCAACAGCUGCCGAGCCCAGGGCGGCUACGCCCAGGCGCUCUGCAUGGCGAUCUCUCCGCCGGCAGUGCGGGAAGAUGACUUCUUGUCGGUUAGCAGCGGUGCUGUUGCUGUUAGCGCCAGCACAAGUCGAUACGCCGAAGCCACCUGUCCGAGUGACUAUGGAUUGCUUGGCUGCUGGUGUUCGGGUUCUCUCGGCAACCAGUGCCAAAGGACUUGGAUCCAAGAUGAGAAGUGCUACGCUCACAAUGGCGACGGUACGGAUUCCGAUGCCGAGGGGACCAUAACCCUCACAGCCCGAUGUCACAAGCUGCCCGCUGCACAGCUCUUUUUGAGCAAGCUGCAAGUUGAGAUUCAGAGCCCAGGCGGGACUGCCACGACGUCGCUGUUGUCGAGCAAGGUGGUUGAGGGGCCUGUUGCAAGCACAGCCAUCAGAUCCCCCACUUCCUUCCGCUACAUCCACUUGCACCAGCAAUGCGACACGCUGCUGCUCUUGGGCGGGGUGGGGGUGGAGACCUGUCUGAGGCCGAGCUACCGCGAUCCAGAGUCGCAUCCCUGGAAGAAGCGUCCCCUGCCCGUCACCUUCGACCACGGAUCCCAGCUGAGCGUGUCAUGCUGGAAGGAGAGUUACGUCGGCUUCCGGCAAGCGCAGCGGACGGCCAGGGAGAAGCUGAGCUGCGUGAACGGCAACUGGUACAACAGCAACCAGCUCCCGGGCCUCCAGGGAUUCAGCUGUGAGGCUUGCGUGCAGGUGACGAAAUCCGGCUACGGCAGCUUUGCAAAGAAGGGCCUGCAGGAGCUCUACUUCUUCAACAGGAUGGCGCUCCGAGUUUUUACGGAACUCGGCUCCAUCGACCACUCCGCGGCUCCCAAGACGUUCUGCUUAGACAGCACGAACGGCACGAUCCAGCUCACCAGCAGUGCCAGCGGAUGUCCGGAGAGCGUUACUGCAGCCGUCGCUGGUUCCGCAGAUCCCGAGGACCGGCUCUUCCAUCUCUUGCACGGUGGGGUGCCCACGGGAUACUGCCUCCAGGUUGCUCAGCCAGCUUCUGAAGAGAUGCCAGGCACUCUGAGCAACCACAGUUGCGUGCCAGACGAGCCCGAUCAGCUCAUCUCGCCCAUGGCCAUUCCAUACUUGAUGUGGAGCAUGCAUCAGCUAGCAGACCGCAGCGCCUCGUCAGACUUCCACGGAGCCCACUUCUCCUACUGCGGCAAGCACGGCGCGUUGUCAAGCUUGGCUUUUGGGCAAAUCUUCGGGGGCGAGACGAACAGCGUGUCCAACUGCCAGUUCGCGCCGGUGAUCCUCUUCGGAAGCUUCGUGGCGAGUGGGAUCACCUAUGGUUCGGAUAGCCUUUGGCCCAACUGGAACACGAUGCUGGCCGACUCCCCUGUGACUUGCGAAGAUGGUGCAGCCUUGACGGGCUUCAAGUUGCAACAUGCAAGCAAGGCCUUCAUGUACGAGUGCAGCCGAAUUGCAGGUCUCGGUGCCAGCUUCGAAUACUUCACUGCGCAGGUGGAAGUCACAGCCUUCGCGCCCGAGCGCCCCCAGUGGAUCCAAGCCAUGAGGAUGAUCAAGGUGGAUUGUGGCAAGAAUGGGCUGCUCUCGGGCUUCCACUUCGAGUUCUCGGAGGGAGGGCGCUGGGCGCGCUCGAAGUACACCUGCUCCAAGGCAGGGGGUGCCCCAGUUGUCGUGGAGCCUUCGCGCACGAUCCGAAAGCUGUACGAUAGUCAAGAGGGCACCUAUUGUCCGGUUGACAAGAGAGCUGGCCGACUGCGAUAUGAGAACUAUGAGACCGGGGACAUGUUGGACAUGCAGGAGGAUGGAGCAUGGUGCGUGGGCGGUCAGUGCUCUACCCCUGUCGGUGGAGGAGCAGCGGUUCCUGCUGAUCUGAUGGUGGCACACUUGGAGGUCCACAACCUCACCGACUUCGACGGCCAGUUCCAAGCAAAGGGAGUGCCCGACAUGACCAGCAAAGGCUCCUGGGCGGCCCGCCCGCCCGAGCGCACGAGGACCCACAAGCCACCAACGUGGCCCAAACCUCCUGGCGCACCGAAGCUCCAGGACUUUGAUGCCAAACAGCCCACUUACGCCACGGAAUGCUUGGACUACCAGGACCUUUGGAAAAAGCUCUCCGAGACGGUCGAAAAUGACGUGACCGAGGACAGCCCGCUAGUGGCCGAUCCAGCCACGGGACAAAGAUUGGUUGACUACCACCCCUGCGCGGUGGCCGCAGGGGCCACCGGCAUAUUUGGCGAGCUCGGGGGCGGAAGUGGUAAGGAGGCUCCUCCCAACAUGCUCUACGGCGACUGGAACGAGUGUUUCGAAGGCUCUGAGGGCCGAGAAAGCGGGGUGGAAGCCUUGGAGUUCAGCCAGGAGAUUGCUGACUUGGUCAGGCUGCCGUUGGAGACCGGACUGCAGUCUCUUUGCGCCUUCCAGCCGGACAUUGCCAUCGCACCCUUGGGUCUUGGCACCCAGAUUGAGCCAGAUGUGAUGUGCGAGCAGAUUCUGGCGAUCUCCUUCAUGGUUCCCGACUUUGCCUUCGGCAUGGCGAACAUGGGCAUGGCGCUGAAAUAUGAGGAGGAGGAUGAGCAAGCCUGCAACCCCUUCCAAGUGGGCCUGUCCCGCCUCUUUUGUGACAUCCAUUGCGUGCGCGAUGCCGUGAUACGGGGAGACCGAACCAUCAUUCGCAACCUCGAGAAAGCCACCAAAAUCUCCAAUGACAACAUGAAGAAGCUGGUGGAAUGGUCUGUGGAGGCAGGCCAUGCAGACAUGAAGUACCUGGACGCCAAGAUCGACUACUCUGCGGAGGUCACUCGCCAACUCUUGCAGCCGAAGAACCUUCUGGAGGUGGCCCAUCAAUCCGAGUCUGCGCUGAGGGAGCUGUCGGGCUACGCGACGGCCAUUGUGGACAAGGUCCCGAAGCUCACCGCCAACAAGGCGUUGAAGCAGUUCCUCGCCAACGCCGAGAGCCUCAAUUCCACUGCGCCUGAAGCGCGAGAGGCACAAGCAGAGAGGUUCCACAGCCAACUCCAACUUCUCCGGACCCAGCUCCAUGCCUCGGCCUCUGGAAGCCAUGCUGAGAGGGCGGAGAGGAUUUGGAAGCAGAUGGGUCAUGAGGUGAGCCGCUUGCAGGGCCAAGUGCGGCGGCAGCUGCGACUGUUGGGCAACUACCACCACCGGUCCGCCGGACUACGUGCACCUGAAAAGCCUGAAAGUACCGCCCGAGCCCUGGGAUCCCUGGACCGCUUCUGGUGGCAGAUCCGAAAGAGCUUCGAUCGAUAUCUGGAUGCAGCAUCCGAGGAGCUGGACCGACACCAGGGAUCUCUGGCCGCGCUAGAGGGCUACCAGUCUUGCAAGCUGGGCUCUGAGGAGCUUCUCCGAGCCUUUGCCCACAGCAUGCGCAGUAUGACUCGCGCACAUCGACAGCUCCACAGCAGCUGGCGGGAGAUGUCCAACACCUUCGGGGAGCUUGCGGCGAUCGUGCAGGACGGCAACAUCUUCGAGACUUUUGCCUGCGAUGGCGAUUUGGACCGGCAAACCCUGGAGCAGUCCCGCCGAGCAGUGCAGAGUCUGGCAUUCUUGCUUUCACGCUUCAAGGCCGCGGGGCUUCGCCGGCCAAGUCUCUCGACGCUGCGCCAUUCCAUUUCCCAGGUCAGCCACGCUUACAAAGGCGCACGUGCCUCUUGCCGCGCUUCAUCUUCACCUUGGCCAGUACUCGAGCAGGUCCGGAGCUGGUUCAAGAGCGCCUUGAACAUGUAG